UGUUACAGUGUUGUUACAAUUGAGGGCAAUGUUGUUGUAGUCUGCGCGCAUACAGUGGUGGUAAGAUGAAGGUCCACUGAACAGCUGAUUUGCAAGCAUUUAAAAUUAUCGAUAGCAAGAACACAACGACGCAGCAGCAGCACGAACCAGCAGCGCAGCGCAGUGACUGUAGCAGCAAAUAUUAUGCGAAACAAGAAAUCUAUAAAAAAGUAGAGCAGCAGCAGCAGGAGCAGCAGCCGUUGGGGCGGGGUAAGCAGCGGGAACAGCAGCAUGGAACCUCCAGCGCACGUUACCGCAGCGGCGGGCAUUGCAACUGGCGAAAUCUCGGCGGAUGCUGAGCAAGACAGCCAAGUGACAACGGCGCAUAAUAAUGAUGAGCAAGCGGAUAAUGGGGAAGGCGAUGAUGAUGACGAUGACGAUGAUGAUGAUGAUGACAAUGACAAUGACAAUGAUGUCGACGAUGACGAUGAUGAUGAUGAUGCCAAGGAUGCUUAUUAUGAGGCGCGCAAUGGCAAUGAAAGCGACGAACUUGAAACGGCAUUCGAAAGUGCAUUGACUCUGGCCAGUGACGUCAGAGUGAGCGUCAGUGACGCAGAUGCCGAAAUCAUAGACGAGAGCAAUGGACCGAGCACGGAUCAACAGCCGGACACUGAGCAAGUGCAGCAGCUGGAACAAGAUGCGGGCGGCGAUGUUGUGAUGCGCAAAAAGCUCAACCAGACUCCAGAGAUUAACAACGAAAACAACGAUCCACCAGUGGAAGCAGCGACAGCCUCAACGGCUGCUGCCAACGAUGAAUUGGCCAGGCCACGUAACCAACACCAGGCGCUGCUCUCGACCAAAUCCUGUGAAACGCCUGGCAGCACUGCAUUGGGAUCGGCAUCGGCAACUGGAGCGGCGCUGUCGCCCAGCAGCUCUUGCAACGGCAGCAUCGGCAGCGAUGGCAGCUGCAGCGUGGGCGGCGGUGCCCGUCGCAAAUCCUGGACGCUCUCGCCCCAGAACGGUGUCUGCAAGAAGAAGAGCAAGCCGAUUGCCAUGUCCACCGCGACGACAGCGAAUGGGGACAGCUUCAACUUGUGGGUGGCGCGCGAGUGCUUCGAAACGGUGCCCGCCGAGAUGGUGGACACGUUGAGUGUGGCGGAGCUGCGCGAGCAGCAGAACGAAGAGUCGCUCGGGCAGGAGGAGGACGAGGAUGACGACGAUGUGGACGAAGAAGCAGCCGCUGUCGAGAGCCUACUAGGCGCCGCAGCAGCGCUGCAGGCCAGCGCCUACUUGGGCAGCGGAGCGCACAGCCGGCAGAAGCAUUUGCGACAGCCGCCGGCGCAGCAUCGUCCGCUGGAGCGCUCGUGGCCGCCACGUGCCGUUGGGCGGGAGCUGAAGCUGCAGGGCGAUGUCUUCAAGUUCGACAUACUGGACACGGAUGAGCGCAUGCCUGGCGAGGAUGUGCCCAGCUACAGUGGUGCCAGCAACUCGCCGCUGCGCCUCCUCGGCCAGCCGGAGGCCAGUCCGCCGCCGAUGCGCUUCAAGCCGCUGAUCCAGAAGAAGAUCGGGCCCGACAGCUACAUCAACACGAUCAGCACGCAGAAGGUGCCCGCCCACAUGACCUACGAGUUUCCCACAUUCCCCCUGCAGGAGCAGCACAGCAGCAGCGCCAGUGGCAGCGCCAGCUGCAGCUCGAAUUCCAAUUCCAACUCGAACUCGAAUGGCCUCGGCGCUCAUCACUUUCCCUAUCUGCGUCAGCACCGUCCCUUGACCCGCGCCCUGUCCAAUGGUAAGGCUGCCGGCUCAGGAUCAGCGGCGGGCAGCGAUGAGUCGUACCACUUGGCCAGCAGCAGCAGCAACAACUCGCCUCGACUGCUGCUCUCGCCCAAGCGGCAGCGCAGCCCGCCCUCGGGCUGCUCCACGCGCAGCGUUUCGCCGCUGGAUCUCAGCCUCAGUCCCGAGUCGCAGCAUUCGCCCACGCGCGGGCGGGGCGUGGGCGGCCUGGAGGCCAUCUUACCACUGCCUUUGGCGCCGCCGCCGCCCCUCGGCACGCCCACUUUCCAUGCACAACGGCCGCAGCAGCGGUUGCUGAAGCGUGUGGGCGGCGGCGGAGGAGCGGCUGCAGCCUCUGGUGCUUCUGGUGGAUUGGUCUGCCCGCCCACGCCCACACAUCAUGCGCGCCGGCAUGCGCGUCUGCAGGCCGUCACUGCCAACUCCGCUUCAGCCGCAGCAUCGGGAGCAGCGGAGCCCAACUCUAGUCAAUUGCAGACGCCGCCCGGGUCGCCGGCCGGCGCUGGCGGAGCACACGGAGCAGAUGUGGACGACACCUCUGAGGUGCUGCACAUUAGCAGCACUCGCCUGCCCUCCAUACCGGAGCGCAGUGCGGCAGCAGCGGCGGCGGCGGCAGCAGCAGCGGCUGCCGCUGGCGCCGGCAUCAUGGAGAGCGCGGGCGGCGGUGGCUGUGGCGCCAUGGCGGAGGCACCGCUGCCGCCUGCCUGGGAGGCACGCAUGGACAGCCACGGGCGCAUAUUCUACAUUGACCACACGACACGGACCACAUCCUGGCAGCGGCCAGGUCCGAGCACGGGCCCCGGCGGCCGCGAGCAGCACCACCGGCAGCAGCUGGACAGACGCUAUCAGUCCAUACGGCGCACUAUCACCAAUGAGAAUCGCCUGUCCAUGCACUCGGCCGAUCCGUCAACGAUCCACGCGGCUCCCAAUCAGCUCUACGGUCUUCCACAUGGCAGUGGCCAGACUGCUGGGUCAACGGCAUCUGCCGCCGCCGGGGCAGCGGUGCCGCCCGCCUCGCUCAACCUGGCCAUACAUCCGGCGGUGCUGAUGCUGUGCCGUCCGGACUUCUACUCGCUGCUGCACACCAACGAGGCGGCGCUGGCCAUUUACAACCGGAACGCGGCGUUGAAGCACAUGGUUAUGCGCAUUCGCCGCGAUCCACAGUGCUUCCAGCGCUACCAGUACAACAAGGAUCUGGUGGCGCUGGUCAACACCUUUGCGCAGCUCAGCCGCGACCUGCCGUCCUGCUGGGAGACCAAGAUCGAUCAGUCCGGCAAACAGUUCUUCAUCGACCACCAGCACCGCAAGACCUCCUUCAUGGAUCCUCGCCUGCCAGUCGAGUGUCCGCGCGUUGUCCGUCAUCGCCAGCAGCAGCAGCAACAGCAGCAUCCGCAUCCGCAUCCACAUCCGCACCAAUAUAUGCAGCGAGAAGGGCAACCGGAUCUCGUUGAUGGCAAUUGCCUGUCGGCCACCGCCGGCCACAUCAACUCGAGCAGCUCCAGCAGCGCGUCGGCUUCGGUGUCGGGCGCGCCGCCGCUGCCGCCACCUCGUCCAUGUCGUGGCAGCGGCAAUCAAGCAGCCGGCGCCAGCCAGCACAACUGCACCACGGCGGCGGCCAUUGCCUGCGCACUGAGCCUCAGCGGCGCCGUCGGCGGCCCCAGCACCAGCGCCAGCGCCAGCUCCAGCUCCACCGGCAUCCCUGCAGCCGCGGGCCACGAAGAUGUGCCCAUAGCCUACAACGAAAAGGUUAUUGCCUUUUUGCGACAGCCCAAUAUUUUGGAAAUACUACGCGAACGCCAAGGCCAACACACAGUAUCUCGAUCGCUGCGCGAAAAAAUAAACAUCUUGAGAGUUGAGGGCGUGCCCGCUCUGGAGCGUCUGGGCCACGAUCUACAAUUGACCAUAUUGCUGAGCCUGUUCGAGCAGGAGAUCAUGAGCUAUGUUCCUAUUGAAGAGCGGAGUCCGCAGGGCUCGCCGGUGCUCAGCACGCGUAUGCCGCAACGUGCUCCGCCGCCAUUCCGCCGUGACUUUGAGGCCAAGCUGCGCAGCUUCUAUCGCAAGCUGGAGUCCAAGGGCUACGGCCAGGGUCCGCAUAAGCUGAAAUUGCACAUCCGACGCAGUCACCUGCUGGAGGAUGCGUUCCGCCGCAUCAUGUCGGCCAACAAGAAGGACCUGCAGCGCGGCCGCCUCGCCGUGCUGUGGGACACCGAGGAGGGCCUGGACUACGGCGGGCCAUCGCGCGAGUUCUUCUUUCUGCUGUCGCGCGAGCUGUUCAAUCCCUACUACGGCCUGUUCGAGUACUCCGCCAACGACACGUACACUGUGCAGGUGUCGCCGCUGUCGGCCUUCGUGGACAACUGCCACGACUGGUUUCGGUUCAGCGGGCGCGUGCUGGGCCUGGCGCUGGUCCAUCAAUACCUGCUGGACGCGUUCUUUACGCGGCCCUUCUACAAGGCGCUGCUGCGCCUGCCGGUGGCCCUCAGCGAUCUGGAGUCGCUGGACAAUGAGUUCCACCAGUCGCUGCAGUGGAUACGCGACAACGACAUUGGCACUGGCGUCGACCUGGGCCUGACCUUCUGUGUGACCGAGGAGCUGCUGGGGCGUGUGGUCGAGCGCGAACUGAAGCCGGGCGGCAAGAAUCUGAUUGUGAAUGAGAAGAACAAGAAGGAGUAUCUGGAGCGCAUGAUCAAGUGGCGCCUGGAGCGCGGCGUGCAGGAGCAAACGGAGUCGCUGGUGCGCGGCUUCUAUGAGGUGGUCGACUCGCGGCUCGUCUCCGUCUUCGAUGCACGCGAGCUGGAGCUGGUCAUAGCGGGCACGGCCGAGAUCGAUACGAACGACUGGCGCCUGAACACCGAAUAUCGGUCCGGCUACCAUGACAACCACCAGGUGAUCAUCUGGUUCUGGCAAGUGAUCGAGCGCUUCAGCAACGAGCAGCGCCUGCGUCUGCUGCAGUUCGUCACCGGCACCUCGAGCAUCCCCUACGAGGGCUUCUCAGCGCUGCGCGGCUCCACCGGACCGCGACGCUUCUGCAUCGAGAAGUGGGGCAAGCCGAAUGCGCUGCCUCGCGCCCACACCUGCUUCAAUCGGCUCGACCUGCCGCCCUACCCCACGCCCGAGUUGCUCUACGAGAAGCUGCUGCUGGCCGUCGAGGAGACGAACACCUUUGGCAUCGAGUGAGGUCCAUCCCCAGUCUGGAUGCGGAUGAUGUGGCUAUGACUUGCACUUUGCUGCUGAUGCGUGAUAUUUGCAGAGGAGUUUCUCUUUCUUUUUUUUUUUUUUUUUUUUGUAAUAUAAUUAUUAUUAGUUUUUUUUUUUUUUCAUUAUAUUUAUUGUAUGUAUUUAGUGGCUUCGCGGGCUGGCGACAUAUUGUUGUUGCCGGCGCAUUCGAUUAGCUGAACAGACUGUAUUUUUUCUUUCUCUCUCUCUCUCUCGCUCUGCUUACCCGACAGCAAAUCGUGGCUUACAUAACAUAUAUACUAAUAUAUAGAGAAUGUGGUUAGCUGGCGAAUCUUGUUGCUUGCGAAUUUGAAACUUAAUUUGAAUUGCCGCUAUAAUUUUUGCCGUUUACCGUUACUGUUACCGUUACCUCAAAAACUUUUUGCCAGCGCCCUGAAAAAAAGGUGCCGCACAUUGCAGUCAUUAGAGUUAAGAUUAAACUAAAUAGUACAUAUACAUACAUAUAUAACUAUACACACACACACACAUAUACACACCUCUGGAACCAAUGACAAACUGCAGUCCCUAGACUUGGAACGAAUGAACUGCAAAUGCAACUAGUUCGUUCAAUUGAACCUGUUUACUUAAAGCUGCCUAAAGGAACUUUUGCAACUUAAGCAAAACUUAAAGCUCUCGUCCCGAAAGCUAAACGAGAAAGCAACUCUCUUAGCACUUGAAAAAAUGAAACCAAAAAAAAAAAAAAAAAAAAAAAAAAAAAUAUUAAGAAAAUGAAGAAAAAUAAGAAACAACUAAUGUAGGUCCAUGAAGAAGGCCUAUGAACAAAUUCUACGCCAAUACUUAAAUAGCUUGUAAUUUUUUAGCCUUAACAAGAAGCAAAUCUCUUUAGAUGUGUGCGUUAUUAGCUAUGCAUUCCAUUUAGGAAUUGAAAGAUUGAAGAUUAAAGAUUGAAGAUACAUACGUAUGUUAGUUAUAUGAUAAUAUUUCAAACUACAACUUAUACUAAAUUCAUAUUUAAGUAAAACUGUUUUUAAAUUUACAAAAACAAACAAGACCGAUCGAGAUAUACGUAUAUGUAUUUACAUUGAGCCAGGCACACAUAUACCUAGAUAUACAUAUAUGUACAUAUAUGGGUAUAUGAAUACCGGUUGACCCCGAAUACAAAUUGGUCCAAUGCGUUGCUUUGGCUUUAUUGGUUUACUCGGCGCAUAAUAUGUAAUAUGUAAUAUUAACUAUUAACUAUUAACAACAAAUCAAAAUAUUAACAAUUUAUUAGCUAACAUUUAUUGCGAAAGGUGACAAAUUUUGAUGAAUCGUAUUGAAAACUGAAUAAACUGAUAUGAGAAUACGAGAAACACAA